AUGUUAUUUUCACACCCGGCCCGCCUCAUAAUUGUACGUUUAUCAGGGCGUAGAUACUAAUUAAAGAGAUUAGGAAGGAGGCCCGAUACUUUUCGCCCCUUCCCCACCCUGGCCUAAGGGGAUUUUUGGCUUUUCGGGGCGCUUUUUCUUGUAAUCUCACUACUUUACUCCUCUUUUAUUACUCUUUUACAACUCAAAUUCCUUUGUGGGGUUUCUUUUUUAAUUGUAAAUGGGAAAAAAGAGUAAUAAUAUUAGAUUUCUUGGCUUCUUAUUUAUGAGAUUGCCAUGGAUAACAUAAUUUGAGUCCAAUUUAAGAGGAGAAUGAUAAAUAUGGAGGCGUCCAGGAAGCUGGAUGUCAAACUUGACCUUCUGAGUCCGGAAUUGGAGGAGUUGGCUCCGAUUUUGAAUGUGGAAAUGGAGAAUUACUUCCAGGAAAUCGAUGUGGACAUUGUGGAUUGUCCCGGUGAGAAAACAAUUUUCCAGAAAAUAAAUUCCAAAAAUAUGUUACAGUAAGCUUGAAGGUGACGAGCAAUUUUUCAGAUCUGACCAAGCCCCCAUUCAACAUGACCAGUCGCGGAUUUGGCCCGGAUCUGAGGAUCGCGGAGGUGGGCGGAGUCGGAAAUCUCUUUCCCAAGAUACGAAGGGACAAAUUGUAUAAUCUCAAGGUAUAGUAAUUAGUGACCAUCUUCUCUUAGUGCAUUUCUGAAAUGAUUUUCGCCAUUUUUCAGUCGAUUUGUGACCUCUGCGAACUCCCGAAUGGUUCGGUUUUUGGGCCCGGCGCGGGGCCAAGGACCUCGGUCGGAGUGAAUUGCGAGAUGGUGGCGGAUGCAAAUUUCGGUGAGGGAACUGUGAGUUAUCAGUAAUAAUAUUUCUAUCAAAUUUUGAUGACUAAUUAUUAUUUUAGGUCAACUCGAAAAUCGGGAAAAUUGAUGGCCAAAGUUUUGUCCAAGAAACAACUUGUGACCCCUGCUUUGGACUGCUCGCUAAUCUCGGGGUCUCCUCGGGAGAAACAGACCUUGUGCUCAAGAUCACUGCCCGAAAUCGCCUCACUGAUUACUCGUUUCCCCAUGCCAUUCAACAGGCUUUAUUCAAUCAUUACCGGGCCAAAAUUGUUUCAAUGGCCGGGAUUUUUAUUCAGAAAACAGGCGAUGCCAAAGUUCAUAUAAUGCCCGACUUUCCGGAGAGAGAUUUCAGUUGUUGGGAAGAAGUGAGUUGCUUUAUAUGGCACUUGAGGUAAUAGAAAUUAAAAAAUUUCGAAUUAAUUUUCUUAAACGCUAAUAAUAAUUUGCCCAAACCCCAAAGUCUUUUCUCACUUACGUUAUAAAUUUAACCCAAUUUUUGACCACAUUUUUUCCAGGAGAAGAGUUGGCUCCGCUACUUCAAGGUCCGUUCCCCGCUGAUCUGUUGUUCCGUCCUCCAUUCCGUGAACCCGGGGAUUGAUCUGCGCCUCGAACACACUCAUUGCUACUCGGAUCAUGGCGAUGUUGGCCAUUAUUAUACGGAUAUUGACCCGGAAACUGCCCAAUUCGAAGGUUACUUCAGUCCAGCCAAAUUUCUGUACCGAAUCGACCAAAUUGACAGUAAAGGCAGGGAGAAAUAG